AGUGGUUCCCGAGUCCGGGCGGUGGUCCAGGGCUGGCGAUGGCGCUGCGAGCGCCCUUGAUGAAGACCAGCCCCAGUGGCCAGUCCUCGGGUCGACAUUCGGGUCGAGAACAUGACUGGCAGGAGCCGUGGCAAGGGCACGGACGGCAGACAGCGGUCAUCAACCCCAUCAAGUUGAAGGCCAUGGCGAUGAAGCUUCGACAUCGGCUACACAACUUGGAGUUUAAGCGACCCAACUCCAAUCCACAGUUGGCCCCCCCGCGCGAAGAUGGGGAUGACGUUCAAUCACGCCUACCGGCGAAGACUUAUUCCGUGCUCUACAUCGUAGGCCCCGACAACGUGGUGGGCUUGAAGACGAUCUUUUAUCAUCCCUUCAGCUUGCUGCUGCUGGCCUGUCCAGCUGGGAUCUUGGCGCAUGCCCUCGACUGGGGCGUGGGCUGCGUGUUCUGGUUGAACUUCUUAGCUUUGGUGCCACUGGCGAAGAUCCUCGGGGAUUCCACCGAGGAGCUCGCUGGAAGCAUCCACAAUGAUACGGUCACGGGCUUGCUGAACGCGACCUUUGGGAACGCGGUGGAGAUGAUCGUGGCCAUACAGUCCAUUCGCACGAACCUCUUAGACAUUGUGAAGGCCAGUUUGUUGGGCUCCGUUCUUUCGAACACCCUGCUAGUUCUGGGCACCGCGUUCUUGCUGGGCGGCUUGACGCGGAGCCGAAAGAGGAGAGGGCGAUAUCAUUCCUUCCAUAUCGUCAGUGAGGAGUUCGAAAAGAACGGGCCCACGCGAUUGGAGAAGGAACAGAAGUUUGCGGUGAAGUCCGCACUGAUCAGCAUGGCGAUGCUGAUGUUUAGCUGUAUGUCCUUUGCGCUGCCGACCAUAUUCAAUUCAUAUCCUUCAGAUGACAGCAAGUCCGUACUCAAGGUCUCGCGCAUAGGUGCUUGUAUCGUCUUGUCCUCCUACGUGGCGUACUUGAUCUUCCAGCUGCUGACGCACGAGAAGACCCUCGGAAACGAGGAGGAUGCCUUGAGUCCUGGCUUGGAAGAAGAGGAGCAAAAUGCGGAUGCAGACGAAGAUGAGGAUGACGUUGGCCCCGGGCUCACGGCGGGUUGUGCCACUCUCUUGAUGGGCCUUUGCACUUUAGCCGUGGCCAUCAACUCGGAAUACCUGGUGGAUACCAUCGCCCAGGUCGUCCGGGACUAUGGUCUUCCCGAGAGCUUCAUUGGCGUGAUACUGCUGCCCAUCGCGGGAAACGCCUGCGAACACGCCAGUGCCAUCCGCUUCGCCAUGCAGGACCGUCCUGGCUUGGCCAUCGGCAUCGCAGUGGGUUCUGCCACUCAGAUCUCCUUGCUGGUGGUUCCCUUCUCCGUGAUUGUUGCAUGGUUCGCGGAGAAGCCCUUGGAUUUGGACUUUGGUGCCUUGAAUACCGCAGUCGUGACCUUCUGCAACCUGGUGGUGCUCACGCUCCUCUUGGAUGGACGGUCCAACUGGUUCAAGGGAUACAUCCUUUGUUGCAUGUAUGCCUUCGUGGGUGUUCUGUAUUGGCACGUGCCAGCGUCCAUGGAAUACCGCGGCCGAGGCUGAGCCUGAAACCUGCCUGCCGGUUUCACGGCCCGCCGAGCGCUGCUGAGUCUCAUUGGUGUUCCAUCCGCCCGGGCGCCGCACCGUUUCGUUUCGGGCGCCCGCGCUACCUCCGGCGGAGGUGACAUGCCGAGAUGGAACAGAUCGGUGAAGGUUAG